AUUCUUUUGGCUUCUGGAAUCUCCCCAACAAAAACCAAACACAACCCACUUUUAUCUCUGUUCCAAUCCUUUUCUUGUUUAGUUCUCCCCUUCAUUAUUGACUUCUCCAAACUCAACCAAAUCGAUCUUGCUGAAUUGGGUUCGCUGAAAGUUUCAUACUUUUAUGUCUUCUGGAUUGGACUGGAUUGGAUUGGAUUGUGAGCAUUUGAGCUGUGGUUGGAUAGAAGAAAUAUGAGAGCGGUGAAAGGGAAUAGUAAUUAUGCGAACACUUUGUGACUCCUGUGAAAGCGCUGCCGCAAUCGUGUUUUGCGCUGCCGACGAGGCUGCUCUUUGCCGCGCCUGUGAUGAGAAGGUUCAUAUGUGCAAUAAGCUUGCUAGCCGGCAUGUUCGGGUCGGUCUUGCAACUCCCAGUGAAGUUCCCCGCUGCGACAUUUGUGAAAAUGCACCUGGUAUCUUCUUUUAUUGCGAGAUCGAUGGAAGUUCCCUCUGUUUGCAAUGUGAUUUGAUUGUUCAUGUUGGAGGCAAAAGAAUGCAUGGAAGAUAUCUUGUACUGAGACAAAGAGUUGAGUUUCCAGGAGAUAAACCUGGUAAUAUUGAGGACCCGGCUUCCCAACCCACUGAUCCAGGCGAGACCAGAAGAAUACAACAACCCCAUCCACCUAGAAUGACAAUUGGAGAGAACCUGCAAAAUCGUCGGGUGUCUCCUAUUCGUGCUUCAGAUGCCAAUGCUGAUGCGCAUGUAAAGAUGGAUAAAAAAUUGAUUGAUUUGAACAUGAAGCCUCAUCGGAUGCAUGGACAAGCUUCAAACAAGGAGACCAGCCACCAGUGCACCUCCGCCAAUCAACCAUCCCGAAUUUCAAUGCCGACGUCGUCUUCGUUCUCGCUCUUGCUAACGACGAUGCUUUGGACGCUCGCUUCUGCCUUUAUGAAUCCCCGAACUUUUCUUCAGCUGGGGAGCUCUUCCGGAGCCAGAGGCACUGGCAAUUACUUGACGACGGAGGAGUUCUGGUUUGAUCAGACUCUCGACCACUUCUCGCCCUACGACCGCAGCAAAUUCCCGCAGCGCUACUACGAAUUUCUCAACUACUUCAUAACGCCUGACGGACCCAUUUUUCUCAGAAUUUGCGGAGAAGCCGCGUGCAGCGGCAUUGCUAACGAUUACCUUAGUGUGUUGGCUAAGAAGUUUGGGGCAGCUGUGGUUUCGCCUGAGCAUCGAUACUAUGGAAAAAGUUCUCCCUUCAAAUCACAUACAUCGGAGAAUUUGAGGUACUUGUCAUCCAAGCAAGCUCUUUUCGAUUUGGCAGUUUUUCGUGAGUUUUACCAGAAUUCGUUAAAUGUGAAGCUGAACAAGACCAAGGGUGAAAAUCCAUGGUUUGUGUUUGGUGUUUCGUAUGCGGGAGCUCUUAGUGCAUGGUUUCGGGUUAAAUUCCCACAUUUGACAUGUGGAAGUGUUGCAAGUUCGGCAGUUGUUGAAGCUGUUUAUGAAUUCACUGAAUUUGACCAGCAGGUUGGUGAGUCUGCAGGUCCACAAUGUAAAGCUGCAUUGCAAGAAACUAAAAGUCUUGUUGAACAAAGGCUUUCUACUAACCGGAAAGCAGUGAAGGCAUUGUUUGGUGCAACGCAGCUUGAUAUUGAUGGUGAUUUUAUGUAUUUUCUGGCGGAUGCUGCUGGUACAGCGUUUCAAUCAGGAAUUCCAGAUAAGUUAUGCUCCCCUCUUGUUCAAGCAAAGACAAAUGAAGAGGAUUUGGUGGAAACAUAUGCUAAAUACGUUAAAGAUCAUUAUCUGGGAAGUUUUGGCGUUGAUGUCGAAACAUAUAAUCAGAAGCACUUGAAGAAUACUGCUGUUAGUGAGGGCAGUUCUGAUCGAUUGUGGUGGUUCCAAGUUUGUACUGAAGUUGCAUAUUUUCAGGUGGCACCUGCAACUGAUAGCAUCCGGUCUCCCAAAAUUGACACAAGAUACCAUUUGGACCUUUGCAAGAAUGUUUUCGGAAAGGGCAUCUAUCCUGAUGUUGUUGCAACAAAUCUAUACUAUGGAGGCAAAAAAAUUGCAGGUUCAAAAAUAGUUUUUACAAAUGGUUCACAGGAUCCCUGGCGUCAUGCAUCCAAACAGACUUCAUCUCCAGAUAUGCCUUCCUAUGUCAUCUCUUGCCAUAAUUGUGGCCAUGGAACUGAUUUGAGAGGAUGUCCUCAGUUUCCCUUUCCCCCUAAAGGCAAUUCCCAGAACUGCAGCAACCCUGAUGCAGUCAACAAAGUAAGGCAACAAAUUGUGGAACUUAUUGGCGUGUGGCUUUCUGAAUGCCAAGACACUGGUAGGAGUUACAUGUAAUGCGUAUUUAUCUGAUGCGGGGAACUAGUUCUACAACAACAGCAGCCGCCUAUUCUUGUGCCGGAUGCCGAUGCCGAUGGACGUGUAAAAGUGGAUACUAAAUUGAUUGCUUUGAACGUGAAGCCUCAUCGGAUGACAAGCUUCAGACAAAGAGGUGUUGGCUAAGAAGUUUGGGGCAGCUAUCGUUUCUCCCGAGCAUCGAUACUAUGGAAAGAGCUCUCCUUUCAAAUCUCAUACGACACAGAAUUUGAAGUAUUUGUCAUCCAAGCAAGCGCUUUUCGAUUUGGCGGC